GGUAGACCAAUCAGGAGCGUGCGGCGUGCAGGAGCUCGCACGUGGAGGAGGUGGGAGAAGUCGCUGCGGUCUCCCAGCUCCUGGGAUGGCGAUGGCGGGGUUCCUGCAGCGGGUCGCCUCGUCCCUCCUCUGCGUGGAAGCAAGGCUCCUGCAGAUGCUCGGGCUUCACCACCCACCCGCUCCGGUGCUCGUGUUUCCCGCGCUGUCCGGCCUGGAGCAAGACUCGGAACCGGCGAUCUCGUUCCUCGAUGACCCCUUCCUGUGGAUGGCAGCGCCCAAGAACCGCCGCACCAUCGAGCGCAACCGCGAUCGGCGCCGCAACCCUCAGAAGAUGAUCAAGUUCAGGACCAACGUGGACAUGUGCCCCGAGUGCGGGAAUCUGAAGCUGAAGCACGUGCUCUGCGGAUUCUGCUACGAUCGCGUGAUGGAUGAGACACGUAAAAUCCGUGCGCUCAUGGCAGCACAGGAGGGUGGGCCACUCCGUGCACCUGCCAUGGAGACGGUGGUGGUGUACGAGGGCGAGAACACCUCGGAGACUGACGCUGGGAAGCGAAUCCUGGAAACCAAGCGCAAGCGUCCUAAUUGGUUUACAAUGCACUGAGCGGGCAACACAAGGGUGGAUAGAUGGUCAUAGCUCAAGGCAGGCGUUUUGAAUUUUUUUAAAAAUUCUUUAUUCUGCAAUGGGCGGCAGGAGUGUUGGGUCGGAUGGGAAUCAGUGGAGGAGUGUGGUUGGCGUGGGCCCUAGUGCAAUUAUGUCCCUGUCUAAGUUUCACCGUCAAAGCCCAUCACCCCUUGAGCAGUUGUACCACCUCCAUACUUGACUGCUAUGCCAGUUGUGGUAACUACUGCCCUUUAAAGAAACCAUCUCACCAGUUGGGACUUGUAUCUGCCACAAAAUAACAGCUGGUGAUUUGCAGUUUGGGUGUGAUAGAUGCCAGGACAUAAAUUCAUGCCAAAUCUGCAAUUGUCUUGUGUGAGACUGUAAGAGGAUGUGAUGUGUUUUUUAUACCGAUGCUUUAAAGUUGGUGAUAUGUAUAAAUAUUAUACAGUAAACUAAACAAAUAUCCACA